AUGGAAAAAAUGUAUAAUCUAAAUAAUUGUUAUUUGAAUCUGAAAAAAAACAAACAAGGAAAGUCACAACUAAAGCAUUCAGAUGAUGAUCACAAGUUUGUAUUGAAACAAAGGCAUGAAACACUAUCAGAUUGGAUGUCAAAAAAAACAAUCGAAUCAGAAAGAGUACCAAAACCAAGAGCAAAAUCAUAGUAUUGCACUAUCUCUAAAAUAUAAAAACAGCCUACAACAUCUUUUUAUGAUUCAUAUAAAUAAGUAUUUCUUAAAUUCAAGCUGAAAGUAUUUAUAUUUUAUUCAUUAUAAGCCUAGAAUACACAAUUCAAAUUAGCCAACUUAAUUGACUUCAAAUGCAUUUGGAAAAAUUAAUGAUUCAACAUACAUUUCUAAAUCUAUAGAUUAUGCUGAUCUAUAAACUAAAUCAACUAAAUCAAAUAAAAAGAGAACUCCAAUUAUUUCAAGAAAUAAUCGAUAAUUUUAAGCAAUUUUGGAAAGGAUGAAAAAAGUAUUAGAAUCAAAGAAAAAAAAAGAAAAAAAACUACUCUAAUAGAUUGCAAUGUUAUAAUCAGAAAUCGUUAGUUUAAAAUAGUAGCAAUAUUGA